AUGGAUUUGAAAACUAGCUACAAUGGUACCCCAUUGAAUCCAAUAUACGCUGGCAGUGGAGCGAUUGCCACGAUAUCGAAAGACGGAGAUAUACUUGCUUGUCCGAUGCUGGAUGAGAUAAAUGUCAUUCAGCUGCUACCGACUCGAAAGAUACUGCAUACGAUUGAAAAUGAUGAUGAACAAGAAAUAACUGCGUUGAAAUUAACCGCGGAUGGCCGAUACCUGUGCUUUGUGUCGCAAGCACAAUUGCUUAAGAUCUUUGACUUAAGUACGGGAAAAAUACUCAAGUCGAUGAAGAUUUCCUCGCCCGCAUACAUCCUUGACACUGAUUCCACAUCUACUCUUGUGGCUGUCGGUGGUACUGAUGGUAGUGUGACUGUUGUUGAUAUUGAAAACGGGUAUAUUACGCAUUCAUUGAAAGGGCAUGGUGGCACAAUUUCGAGUCUCAAGUUCUAUGGUGAGCGCAACAAUAGCAAGUGGCUCUUGGCGUCGGGUGAUACUAACGGUACCGUCAAAGUUUGGGAUUUAGUGAAAAGGAAAUGUUUGCAUACCACCCAAGAGCACACGACAGCGGUUCGUGGCAUGGACUUCCGUUCAACAGACGAUGAAGAUACCCUGCAAAUGAUCACUGGUGGCAGAGAUGACAUAAUCAACUACUGGGAAUUGAAUAUGAAGAAGAAAUGUAAACUUUUGAAAACAAUUGCUGUUCAUCAGCAAGUCGAAUCAUGUGGGUUUGUCAAUUCACCUGAACGAAAUCUGAUAUAUACAGCAGGUGGUGACGCAGUUUUUCAAAUUGUAUCUCUGCAAAAUGAAGGCAUUAUAAAGAAAACACGGAAGCCUAUAGAGGAACUGUUUAUUGUAGGUGUACUACCAAUUUUAAAUGAUCAACAACUUUAUCUUGUUCUAUCGGAUCAAACUCUGCUUUUGUUGGAUAUGCAAAGGGCUUUGUCAAGUGGCGAGGAAAUUAUGAAAAUAGAAUCACGCAUUGCUGGUAACCACGGUACAGUUGCCGAUAUCAGAGCUGUGGGUCCAGAUUUAGACAAAUUGGCUUUGGCUACAAAUUCGCCUGCACUAAGAAUGAUAUCCAUGCCUAGGGAUUCAAAUGAUACACUGUGUAUUGAUGCUGAAAUUUAUGAAGGACAUGCAGAUCUUUUGAAUUCAUUGGAUGCUACUGAAGACGGAUUAUGGCUUGCAACUGGUUCUAAGGAUAAUUCAGCUAUUUUAUGGCAUUACGAAGUUGCUACUUGUAAGUUUAUAGCGUAUGCCAAAUUUGAGGGUCAUGCCUCGUCGGUUACUGCAGUGGGACUUCCAAAUGUUGUCACUAAAGGAUGGCCAGAGUUUAUCAUAACGGCAUCGAAUGACCUCACUAUCAAAAAGUGGAUAGUUCCCAAACCAACGGGUGGUAAAACUGCCUCUCUUCAAACUGUAAAUGUAUCGGACUAUACGUUCCGUGCUCAUGAAAAGGAUAUCAAUGCGCUUGCAAUUUCACCAAACGACUCUCUUUUUGCGACGGCUUCUUAUGACAAAACAUGUAAAAUUUGGAACUUAGACUCAGGGGAACUGAAAGCUACUUUGGCUAAUCAUAAACGUGGUUUGUGGGAUGUAACAUUUUGUCAGUAUGAUAAAUUCUUGGCUACCUGCUCUGGUGACAAAACCAUUAAAAUAUGGAAUUUAGAUACAUUUGCUGUUGUUAAAUCUUUGGAAGGACACACUAAUGCAGUUCAAAGAUGCUCUUUUAUGAACAAACAGAGGCAGCUAGUAAGUAGUGGUGCAGAUGGCCUUGUCAAAAUUUGGGACUGCUCUACAGGUGAUUGCUUGAAAACGCUGGACGGCCACGGUAAUAGAAUUUGGGCUUUGACAGUUUUGGAAGAUGGAGAUCUUAUUGUAACUGCCGAUGCAGAUGGAGUAUUCCAAUUCUGGAGGGACUCUACAGAAGAACAAAAAGAAUUGGAUGUUGAGAAAGAGAAAUUGAAAGUUGAACAGGAGCAAUCGCUACAAAACUAUCUCGCUGACGGCGAUUGGACGAAUGCGUUCUUGUUGGCAAUCACAUUAGAUCAUCCAAUGAGAUUAUUCAGCGUUUUGAAAAAAUCGAUUUCAAUUCGAGAUAGUGAAACAGAUAGUACUGUUGUUUUCAAUAAGGAGCUUGACCAUACGAUAUCAACGCUUAAUAGCGACCAAUUACUUCUCCUUAUGAAGAGAUGUAGAGAUUGGAAUACGAACGCAAGAACACACUCCGUUGCUCAGAAAACAAUAAAAUGUAUUUUACUUCAACAUAACAUCGCCGAUUUGAGUGAGAUUCCCGGCUUGGUUCGCAUAGUCGAAAGCAUAAUACCCUACACAAAGAGACACGUUUCAAGAAUUGAUAAUUUAGUUGAGCAAAGUUAUAUCCUUGACUAUUCAUUGGUCGAGAUGGAAAAUCUUUUCUGA